AGCUGAUGAGUGACUGUGUCAGGCCUCGCCAGAGCUGGGCCCUGAAUCACGCCGCUCCCCGCCCACCCCUCAGCCCUGGCCCGGUUGACGGCGUUUGGGGAGGGAGAUCCCCGGGUUCGACUCACCGAUCUGCCCGAUGAACUCAAUCUUGAUGCCCUGGUGCUCCAGCCGCUUGUUGGGGUUCUUGAGCGCAAGGCUCACCUUCCCGGAGACCGUCUCUCCGUCGUAGAAGAGGAAAUAUUUCUCCUUCUUCCCGUCCUCCGUCUUGUGCUCGGCCCGCUUCCUACUCUCUGCAUCAUUCAGAAGGAUUUCCACCUCCACGCUCUGCCCGAAGCCGAAGAAGCUCAUCUCACCGCCGGGCCCGGCCGGUCUCGGAACGUCUCGGAGCGCGAGCGGGAGCGAGCUUUGAAAGUUGAGCUCCGCGGAGGCGAAUCAAUUCCCGGGAGAACAUGGUGGCGCUGCGGGACCUUGGGAGCGGCCUGCAGCCUUGGUGCCCGUUGGAUCUCAGCCCCGGAUGGGUGGACACAGUGUGGGAACUGGAUUUCACAGAGACGGAGCCUUUGGAUGCCAGCAUAGAGUCCGAGAUCAUAGAGACUGGACUGAGUGCAUUCACAAAACUCUAUGAAAGCCUUUACCCCUUUGCUAUGGAAGAACACAGCUCUACAGAAAGCAUCUGGACCUUCUUCACUGAGAACAGCAUUUCCCAUAGUACGCUGGUGGCAUUAUUCUAUCACUUUGUUCAGAUAGUUCAUAAGAAAAGCGUCGGCGUGCAGUAUCGCGAAUACAGCCUGCAUGCUGCUGGGCUUUACUUUCUGCUGCUGGAAGUACCAGGCAGUGUAGCCAACCAAGUUUUCCACCCAGUGAUGUUUGACAAAUGUGUUCAGACUCUGAAGAAGAGCUGGCCUCAGGAAUCUGCCUUGAAUCGGAAAAGAAAGAAAGAGCAGCCCACAAGCUCUCAGGCUAAUCCAACGAGGCACAGAAAAAGAGGAAAGCCACCCAGGAAAGAAUAUAUUGAUAUGGAUGAAAUUAUAGAAGAACAAGAAGAUGAAGAGAAUAUUUGUUUUUCUACCCGAGAUCUUUCUCAAAUUCGAAAUGCCAUGUUUCACCUUUUGAAGAAUUUUUUAAGGCUUCUGCCGAAGUUUUCCCUGAAAGAGAAGCCGCAAUGUGUACAGAAUUGUAUAGAGGUCUUUGUUGCAUUAACGAAUUUCGAGCCUGUUCCUCAUGAAUUUAAUAUUACACAAGUUAGAGAUCUUAACCAAGCAAAAUACAUCCCAGAAUUGGCCUAUUGUGGAUUAUAUUUGCUGUGUUCCCCAAUUCAUGGAGAAGGAGACAAGGUUAUCAGUUAUGUUUUCCAUCAUCUGCUCAAUGUACUGCUAAUGCUAGAGGCAGGCAAAGGAUCCCAUCGCACCCCUCUGACCAUCACUGCCCAAGUCGUCAAUCACAGAAACCAGGCAAUCCGGUUUAUCAGCUCGCUGGUGGAUGAACUGGGGGAGAGCAUAUUCCCUGUGCUCCGUAUCCUGCUGCAGCACAUCUGUGCCAAGGUGAUAGAUAAAUCAGAGUAUCGGACCUCUGCAGCCCAGGCCCUCGUCCAGCUGCUCAGUAAACUUUCUUGUGAGGAGUAUGCUACAUUCAUUGCCUGGCUUUACAAAUAUUCACGAAGUUCUAAGAUCCCACACCGAAUUUUUACUCUUGAUGUUGUCUUAGCUCUGUUAGAACUCCCUGAAAGAGAGGGGGAUAGCACUCUCUCCUUGGAGCUUCAGAAGUUUACAAAGCAUAAGUUCUUGGUGCAAGAGAUCAUGUUUGACCGUUGUUCAGACAAGGCUCCUACUGUCCGCAGCAAGGCAUUGACCAGCUUUGCACAUUGUCUGGAACUGACGGCAACCACUGCAUCGGAGAGUAUCCUGGAACUCCUGCUUAGCAGUUCUACAAUUUUAGGAAUAGAGAGUUACCCUGGUACCACACAGAGAAAUUCAUCAGCUUUUUCCUAUCAAAGGCAGACCCUUAUCCCUUCUGAACCCUCGAGUGAUAUCAACGUAAUCAGCGAUGGUGAAACAGUUGGAUCUGGAGGAAGAUGUGUCAUGGGGAUGCUGAGAAAGCGGGUUAGGGAUGAGAAGACCAACGUGAGGAGGUCUGCACUCCAGGUGUUAGUGAGUAUUCUGAAGUAUUGUGAAGUCUCGAACAUGACGGAAGACCUGGCUAUUCUGCGAGACCGGUGUCGAGACCCCGCAGUGUCUGUCCGGAAGCAGGCCCUGCAGUCUCUCACUGAACUACUAAUGGCCCAACCCGGAUGUGUCCAGAUACAGAAAGACUGGCUGAUGGGGAUCGUCCCGGUGGUAAUGGACUGUGAGAGCACCGUGCAGGAGAAGGCCCUGGAGUGCCUCGACCAGGUCCUGCUACAGAACAUCAAGCACCACAGUAAAUUUCACACCGGAGACAACAGCCAGGUGCUGGCGUGGGCCCUUCUUACUCUCCUCAGCACAGAGAGCCCGGGACUGAGCCGCUAUCUAAAUAAGGCUUUUCAUAUUUGGGCCAAGAAAGAUAAAUUCUCACCCACUUUUAUAAACAACGUGAUCUCACACACUGGCAUGGAACAUUCUGCACCAGCCUGGAUGCUGCUCUCCAAGAUAGCGUGCUCGUCCCCCAAGCUCAACUACACCAAAAUCAUCGAGGCCUGGGAGAAAAUCAGCAGUCAGCAGAAUCCCAAUUCAAACACCUUAGGACAUAUCCUAUGUGUUAUCGGGCAUAUAGCAAAGCAUCUUCCUAAGGGCACCCGGGACAAGGUGAUUGGUGUUAUCAGAUGUAAGCUGAUUGGAUUUCAGUGGUCUCUGGAGUUGAUCAGUUCAGCCGUUGACGCCCUGCAAAGGCUUUGUAGGACAUCUGCAGAGACAGCGGUGGAGGAGCAGGAGUUGCUGCACCAGGUGUGUGGGGACGUGCUCGCCACCUGUGAGCACUGCCUGUCCAACAUCGUCCUGAAGGAGGGUGGAGCGGGAAACCUGGACGAAGACCUGCUGGUGAAGUACAUUUUUACCUUAGGAGAUAUAGCCGAACUGUGUCCAGCCAGAGUAGAGAAGCGAGUCUUCCUUCUGAUCCAGUCCAUCCUGGCUUCUUCUGCUGAAGCGGACCACCUACCGCCAUCGCAGGGCACCAGUGACGACCCAGCCUCUCAGCCGCCCUUCCAGAUCCAGGGCUGUGUCAUGCCUUCUGUGAUUAGGGCACAUGCCAUCAUCACCUUAGGUAAGCUGUGCUUACAGCACGAGGAUCUGGCAAAGAAGAGCAUCCCCACGCUGGUGCGAGAGCUGGAGGUGUGCGAGGACGUGGCCGUCCGCAACAACGUCAUCGUCGUGAUGUGCGACCUCUGCAUCCGCUACACGGUCAUGGUGGACAAGUACAUUCCCAACAUCUCCCUGUGCCUGAAGGAUUCAGAUCCGUUCAUCCGAAAGCAGACGCUCAUCUUGCUGACCAAUCUCCUGCAGGAGGAGUUUGUGAAGUGGAAGGGCUCUCUGUUCUUCCGAUUCGUCAGCACAAUUACAGAUUCACACCCAGACAUCGCCAGUUUUGGGGAGUUCUGCCUGGCUCAUCUCUUACUGAAGAGGAAUCCUGUCAUGUUUUUCCAGCACUUCAUCGAGUGUAUUUUCCACUUCAACAACUAUGAGAAGCAUGAGAAGUAUAACAAGUUCCCCCAGUCAGAGAGAGAGAAGCAGCUGUUUUCACUGAAGGGAAAGUCAAACAGAGAGAGACGAAUGAGAAUCUACAAAUUUCUUCUAGAGCACUUCACUGACGAACAGCGAUUCAAUAUGACUUCCAAAAUCUGCCUUAGUAUUCUGGCGUGCUUUGCCGACGGCGUACUGCCCCUGGACCUGGACGCCAGUGAGUUACUCUCGGACACGUUUGACGUCCUCAGCUCAAAGGAGAUCAAGCUUUUGGCAAUGAGGUCCAAACCAGAUAAGGAGCUCCUCAUAGAAGAAGAUGACAUGGCCUUGGCAAACGCCGUCAUGCAGGAAGCCCAGAAGAAACUCAUCUCACAAGUUCAAAAGAGGAAUUUCAUAGAAAAUAUUAUUCCAAUUAUCAUCUCCCUGAAGACUGUGCUGGAGAAAAAUAAGAUCCCAGCCUUGCGGGAACUCAUGAACUAUCUCAGGGAGGUGAUGCAGGAUUACCGAGAUGAAGUCAAAGAUUUCUUUGCAGUUGACAAACAGCUGGCAUCAGAACUGGAGUACGACCUCAAGAAGUACAGCGAACAGCUAGCCCAGGAGCAAGAGCUGGCCAAGCAGGCAGAUGUGAGCAGGGCAGCGGAGGGCGCCGACGCGGCAGCGCCAGUGCAGGUUGCUCCAUGUUUAGAUCCUGCCGGCCAAGGAAAUCCUGCCAUGGCCCCUGCUGUGAGCCAGCCCUCACUGCCUGGGCCAAGCACCGGCCAGGCACCGCCUUUGACUCCUGCACCUGAAACCAGACCAUCGAACAAGUUGAUGCCCAAGGCCAGGACCAUGUCCCUGAGCACCAUCGCCAUCCUGAACUCCGUCAAGAAAGCCGUGGAGUCCAGUAGCAAGCGUCAUAGACGGAGCCUGAGCGUGCUGCCUUUCACUCUGAGUUCUGGAAGCCCAGAAAAAACAAGCAACCAGGCAUCUUCAUACAGCUUGGAGCGAGAGUCCAACAGGGCCAUUAACCACACAGCGAAACGGGCAAUCAGCACCCCCAACAAUACCAUCAGCGACGUCACGUUUGGAGCAGGAGUCAGUUACAUAGGGAGCCCACAGACCCCUUCAGUCAAAGAGAAAACUGAAGUCCAGAGUCAAGGAAAUGACAUUUUAUGUUUAUCGUUGCCUGAUAAGUCGCCUCCACAGCCUCCGCAGUGGAAUGUGAAGUCUCCAGCCAGGAAUAAAAAUACCCCAACCCCCAGCAGGAGAUCCCUCCGAAAGACCCCCCUGAAGACAGCCAACUGAAGCGGUACAUUCCAGCAGGUGUCUAGAGACUGCCAGGGCCCUGGAAGAAACACUUCUGUUUCCUACACUUGAAAAGGCAGAUGGGUCCCUUUCUGUGCCCCUGGAGUGCCGUGCUAUUGUAGAUACCAAAGCUCUUCCUCAGGAUCCCAGCACUCCAGUUGCUCUCCUUGUCUCCUUUUAUAUUGCUCUGUUACAUCUGUAGUUACAAAUCAUAAAAGAGAAAGGCCAGAUUUAGAUUUUCUUAUCCUAAACCUAACCUAUUUAAUAUUAUAACUUUAUGGGGCAGUGCCUAUGGCUCAAAGGAGUAGGGCACCGGCCCCAUUUGCCGGAGGUGGUGGGUUCAAACCCAGCCCCGGCCAAAAACUGCAAAAAAAAAAAAAUUUUAACUUUAUUCCCUUUGAAAGUGUCAUGUCAUUCAGAUAAGCUAUUAUCUGGUCUUUAUGGAAGACAACUUAAAAACUCCAGCCUUCUUUUCUAAGCCAAGUCUCUAUUAAGUAUUU